UACGCCGGACAACAGGAAGUAUGAAAAGCCUCUCUGGCUGUCCAUUCGCCAAUAUUUAUCCAGAAGAUGGAGGUAUAUUUGGGGCAGCGUCUCUCUGUGCAUGCCCAGCUGCUCUGCCCGACGGAUAUUUCGAGCCGUUUGUUCACGGUGUCCUGAGAUAUGAGGAGUGACAUAUUGCUAAUCACCUUAACACAAGAGGCCAUGUUUGUCGGUUACAUGAGGACAAUGGAAAGAAGAGGAAUUUGUUAUCAGGUUUGAAAUGUAUUGUAUGUUGAUUUGCUGAUCAUAACAUUCAAAACAUGUAGUUCCUUAUUAAAACUUUCCCCUUUGUUUACGUAGUUAAUUAGAACUGCGCCUCGGCUCCCUGUUUAUAAUAGUGCGACUCUGCGGGGAAGAUGGGCGGGGCCUAUGGACCAUGAGAGGAGAGAACGGGCGGGGCGUGUUAGCCCAGCGCGUUCCGAUGACCCCGCCCACUUUUCCACAACUAAUGACCGUAAAAGUCCAAGCACACUUAACCAAGAGGACAGGACAGUGCUGCCUACCAUUCCAGCACCAUCUCAAGGUGUACCUCUGCCGAGAAUAACUGACAAGGAUUUCUUAAUCACGUGCUUAACACGACAAAUUGAGUAUCUACACAUAUCUAAAGGAUUGACUGCACCAAAGGUAUCAGAAAGAUCCAUCAGCCAGGAGUGUCGAUUUGGUGCAUGAGCCAGCCAUCUGCUGUGACGGCCCAGGAUCUGCCAGAGUUAGGCCAUAGUAUGGCUGGGAUUAAAGAUGCAUAUCAGCUCAUAGACCCUGUAACGCUGAGACUUGGAGAAGAGAGCGUCACAUCCAACCUUUAUUCCAUCUCUGCCAAGGGCAUUGAAGCCCGUUUGUCCAAUUUGGUGGAAGCCUUCUUGGUUGAGGUGUUCCGCUGCAGAGUGUGCCAGUUCACCAGCAGUCUGAAGGCUAGGAUCUGCAGUCACAUCACCGAGAGCCAUUCUUCACCACCAUUAUCAUCACCACCAUGCCGCCACCUCUCCUGCCUGGAGAAGGAGGAUGAGGAGAGCUUGACUGAGCUCGACCAGAACACCUCUCCUUAUGAUCUCCAUUCUGGCUCCAAAAAUGGCGAGGACCACAUGGACAUGGACCGCAUGUUCCUGCUCCCAAUGUAUGGCAUGCUGCAGAACAUCAGCCCGCCGCCAUGCGAUAUCAACUUGAGCGCCAACUCUGACAGCAACCUUCAUGUGGCCCAGACGUGUGAGGUGAGCACUUUGUUCGACGAAGACAGACACUGCGAAGAGGAGGACGUCUUUCAGCUGGAGGAUUCCAGCCACAGACUCCAAGGGCCCCUUUCUGCUGAAAUCACCUGUGCUGAGGAUGAAGAAAUGGCGCAGUCUGCUCAUUUAAUGACCCUCGGCUUGUGCAGAAUCUCUAGCGCCAAAUGUCCCUCUCAGCCUGCCACCCUGUCUGUGCCCCCAGGUGGACAGGACGUCUCGGAGACUUUCCUGGAAGACAAACAACCCCUUCUGACCACGCCUGAGAUACAAAAGCAGGCUGAAGAGGAAAUGGGUCUUUCUUGUGUUUUCUGUCAGGCCGUCUUGGCCAACCAUAGGCUGCUAGAGGUGCACCUGAAGUGCCACGAUGGUGAGCAGGGCUUCAAAUGCCCGCGCUGUGGCCGAGCAGCGGCAGACUGGGCCGAUAUGGAGUGCCACUGGAGGAGCCAUGCAAGAAAGAAGAGGUCUAAACACCACAAGUGUUCUUUUUGUCCCAGGACGUUCAGGAGAUCAGACUUGUGUGAAGCUCACCAGAAGAGGCAUAACCGAGCUCGGACUAAGCCCGCUUCUUUGACACAGUGCUCCCUGUGCUUCGAGUGGUGCCGCCCAGGGCAGGAGUGGGAGAUGCACCAGCGCUGCCACGUACAGGGAGGGUUUAAGUGCUUGCACUGCGAUUUCACAGAAAAAGCUUGGAAGAAGACGUACAAGCACGUCCUCAAUCAGCACGCGCAGGGUGAUGGCGAUUCACACCACAACCUCUCCUACAACUUAUCAUCCGUGAAGUUUGAUUCGCGGUUGUCAAACAGUUACUCCAAAUGCCUUGGAGAUGUGCAGGCGGAGUCAUGGAGACAUGUGACCAAGAUGAGCGUGAAGCACGAGGUGGUGAGAAAGAAGAAAAGUGACAAGGACAAAAGGGAGUGUAUAAUAUCCACCGAGCAGGAGACAAGUGUGGGAUUAAAGACUUUCCCUAAACGGAAAGACUUCUGCUGCACGCUUUGUGAUAAAAAAUUUUCCACCAAGCUGACCAUGCGGCGUCACAUGGAUAUUCAUCAGGGGGAGAAGCCUUUUAAGUGCCCUGCCUGCAGCUACAGCACCAGACUGAAAGCCUCACUCAUUCAGCAUAUGCGUGUCCACACAGGUGAAAAGCCUUACAAGUGUCCCCAGUGUUCGUAUGCCUCCAUCGACAGGAGCUCUCUGAGGCGACACUCGCGGACACACACUCAGGAAAAGCCCUACCGCUGCCAGUACUGUCCGUACAGCUGCAUCCAAAAGAAAAGCUUGGACCUCCACUCACGUCGGCAUCACACCGGAGAGUCAUUCCCCUGCCCGCUGUGCCAAUACUCAACACCGGACCGGCAACUGUUGCUACGACACACACGCAAACACCAUACCUCUGAGAACUCUUCUAUACUCGGGCCGAGGAGCACACCGUCUUCUAAAAGAACUCGAACCUCCAAAUGACACCGACAGUAACACAAAGAUCAGUCUGAAUAAGCGAUAUAGGAAAAAUUGCCUUCAUUUACUUCACCAAUGACAGAAAUGUAAGAAAGCACUUGUCUCUGUGUCUGGGUGGAAUAUAAUAUCAAGUGAAGCCACUUGACGCUGAUACUAAUACUAUAGUGCGCCGGAAUGCCCACCACACACCAGCUGUUAGUGGAGAGGAGAGAGUGAUGUAGCUAAUUCAGGGAUGGAGAUUAUUAGGGGGCCAUUAUAGAUAAGGGUCAAUGGGGGAAUUUCGCCAGGACACCGGGGUUAUACCCCUACUCUUUUACGAUAAGUGUACAGGGAUUUUUAAGAGAGUCAGGAUCACGGUUUAAGGUCUCAUCUGAAAGACAUUGCUGGUUUUUACAGUAUAGUGUCCCCCGUCACUAUACUGGAGCAUCAGGCCCCACAUAGACCAGAGGGUGAGCGCCCCCUGCUGGCCUCACUAAUACCACUUCCAGCAGCAACCUUGGUUUUCCCCAGGAGGUCUCCAAUCCAGGUACUGUCCAGACUCAACCCUGAUUAGCUUCAGUGGGAACCCAGGUGAGAACUGCAUAGAGAUAUGGCUCUGUCAUAUAUGGUUCUGCUAUGGAUCAGUUGAAAUCCACAAAAGUCAAAAAGUCAAGUUUUGUGUGUUAUUAUUUAAAAUAAAUAGCUUAUGAAAUUCCUUAUUUGUCAUUUAAAUCGGUUGCUAUUGCAAAAGGAAAUAAUCAUUCGGGACUAUCCGUAAAAGACUCGAGCGUAAGUAAAGUUAUUGUUUCUCACAGUUUUUACAUUAUAUUCCUGAAAAUAACAAUAAACAACAGUGCGAAACAUUCAAUGUUCGAUACAGCUGUUCUCAUCUGCGAGCCAGUUUAUCAAAAAAUAUUUUGCUGAUUAAUUCACACAAACACUGGGACUGUUAAAAUAGUUUUUUGCAGCCUUACAGACUACUAAUAAAAUAUUUUCUGUUUUAUUUUUUGUUUCAACCGAGGUUUUAUAAUGUGAUCGAUGUGAAAUAUAUAUAUAUAUAUAUAUAUAUUUUUUUAUCAUUGCACUUUUAUAAAUUUGAAGUUGAAUAAGCUUUCAAUAAUCAAUCGUACAAUGGAAGUAAAAUAAUUUCUAUUUUGAGAAACAUCCUGCUUUGCUGUCCUUAUUUGUUUAUUUAUUUAUCUGUUCAUUUUAUUGUUUUGGAGCUGAACAAUUAGCUCACUGUGCUUAGUGGGCUACAGAAUAUAAUUUUCAGUACACCCACAAACAUUAUGGGAUAUUGAAUAUUGAAUGCUUAAAUUUAGUGGCCUAAAAGUCUGUUCCAUAGAGUGAAAUC